AUUAUGUUGUGCAACAAGCAGGAUCAACAGUUGACGGUUUAAGGAAUGUGUCAAACAGUCUGUCUUUUGUCAAGGACGCUGGAGUUAGUCAAAUCUUUCUACCGCAAUAUGUUCAAAACAACAUCGACUAGGUCUACGCCACGAUUAGCUCAGCUGCUGAAACUCUUGAAAGUGAAACCAAGAAGAACAAGAAGGAUAUCAUGAUUAUCUUAGACAUUGUGUAAGCACUUAUAGGCAAUUCAUUUAAGUUUUCUGAACUAUAGUGAACUUGUGAUGCAUGUCAUUAUAGGCUGGAUCUUUGAUGCCGUCACUUUUAUCGUAUGUGGUGCAUAUCUUGUUCUUCACAAGUAAGUAUGUCGAGCUGUACUAUUAUCUGUCCUAUUAUGCUUCUCCAUAUCUGAUGUUCAAACGCCUCCACGCCAACCUUCAAAUGAAAUAAAAAGAUAGAAAAGACUAAUAGGAAUAGGAAAACUAUACCCCUUUUACACAACGAAUCAAUACGUCUGUUACGCUGCCUCUACUAGGUAAUAACUUUAUGUUCUGAAACCUCCUUAUGUAGUGUUGUCUUUGACAUAUACUCCCUCCGUUUCAAUUUGUUCGUCUUAUGUUACUUUUUUAGUCUGUUUCAAUAUGAAUGCCUCUUUCUCUUUUUGGAAACUCUUUGAUAGCAACUUUCCACAUGGCAUGUUUAAGACCAAAAGAUCAAAGGGUAUUUUAGUACAUUCCACACAUCUUUAGUUUAAGACCACAAGAUUCAAAAGUCUUCUUUUUUGGCUUAAACUCCGUGCCAUGUCAAAACCGGACAAACAAAUUGAAACUGAGGGAGUACAAACUUUUGAUACUGUUAGUUUCUUUUUUGUUUGUUCAGUUAUAUAUGUUUGUCUAUCUAAGUGCAACGGGAAGACACAUGUGUGGCUAUGGAUGAUUUGGUCAGAAAUCCAUCGGGCUCAUACAACGCUCUGCUGCUGCCCACGAAACGCUGUCAUGGAGCAAAGAGGUCACCUACCAAUUGGUUGGAGUCGCUAACAGGGAUCAUCACCAAUGUUUCAAACAUCAAUCCUCCUUCGCUGGUCCACUGGUCCACUGGUCCCUAACCUCUGUAGUCCAUUUAAUUCGGACAAGACAGACUGGAAAUGUGCCAGCGGUAAAGUGGACUUAGCUAUGCCAAACAGGUUUGGAAGAAUUAUGUCUGCCAAGUUCCGAGAUUCAUGAUGAACGUCGUCCUGAUGUGGAACGAUACAGUAAGUGGACCUAACAUCCUUUUAGCUCUAGUCUCAGGUACAGUAAUGAUUGCGCUCCUUUGUUGGGUACUAUAUGCAAGAGAGAGACAUCACCAGAAGCAUGCCAAACUUGUCGAUGCUACGUAUGGUCAAGAAUCUUUCCCAGGGAAAAGCCAGCGGUGAUUUUUCAAUUAGUUUUGAGCAUCUUAGCAACAAGAUGUUCUUAUGUAUAUAGUAUGGCUGGCUAAUAUGUUCCUUUAUGACAAGUCGGUUAGGAACUUGUAGGGGAUUGUCCGGCUCCUCCAGCUUGAAGUGUAAAGUAACCGGUAGAGUUGGUGUCAUGUGACAAGGAGGUCAUGAGCUCAAGCAGUGGAAACAGCUUCUUGCAGAAAUGUAAGUUUGAUUUGGUACUUAAAAGCAUGUUAUUUUGAGCUGUAAUGGCGAAUGGUGAUGUUGAAGAACCUCUACUACAAGGCAAUGUAAAUUCAUCGAUAAGAUUUAGUGAUAUAAACUCAUUUAAGCGAAGGCGGCCUCAAUCUAGUAGGAGUUGUUGUACUAUUAGUCAUGCACAGACAAAUAAUGAGGAAUCACUUCAUUGCCCUGAGCUCAUUUCAACGAAGAGUUUUAGGCUCAGAGAUGUACUAUUGUUCUUGGCUGCCUAUAUAGGAGUCGGAGCGAUUUGCUUCUUCAUGAUAAGUGAUCAAAUCGAGGGCAAAAAGACGAAUGGGAUUCUUGAUGCAAUAUAUUUGUGUAUUGUUACAAUGACUACUGUUGGAUAUGGUGAUCUUGUACCUAAAAGCACGCUAGCGAAGCUUCUCGCGUGUGUUUUUGUGUUCACUGGUAUGGCUCUUGUCGGAUUUGUUCUGAGUAAAGCAGCGGAUAGUUUUCUGGAGAGGCAACAAAUCCUUUUCGUCAAAGCUAUCAAAAUGAAGAAAGACUGUAACAGUUCGACGGAGGUUUUGAAAGAGGUAGAAACGAACAUCGAGAAGUACAAGUUCGUAACUACUUUGGCAAUACUUGUGGUACUUACUGUGCUCGGAACAAUUUUUCUGUGCAAAGUCGAGGAUUUGAGUUUGUUUGAUGCUUUUUAUUGUGUUUGUGCUUCGAUUAGUACUUUGGGGUAUGGAGAUAAGAGUUUUUCGACGAAAUGGGGACGUCUAUUCGCUUCUUUUUGGAUAUUGAUGAGCACAAUUUGUUUGGGACAGUUAUUUUACUCCCUUGCUGAAUUAUAUACAGAACAAAGACGAAAAUCUUUGUUCCGAUGGGUUCUAAAUCGCGAGCUGACAAAUUCAGACCUGCAGGCUGCGGAUCUUGAUCACGACAGUGAAGUGAGCGCUGCAGAAUUCAUCGUUUAUAAACUUAAAGAGUUGGGGAAGAUAACUGAGGAAGACAUCUCUAUAGUCAUGGAAAGCUUCAAAUUACUUGAUGUUGAUCAUUCAGGCACAUUGACUGAAAAUGAUAUUGCACUUUUGCACUCGUUAUCGUCGCGAUCCAAAAGCUGAUAAACAUAUUAUGUUUUUGUUCAUAGAUGAUUGAACUAUGGACAUUGCACAGAAAUUUUUUUGUAACUUUCAAUCCUAUGCCUUGGUGUUUGGAAAAAAGAUCAUGUAUGUAUAUAUUUGAGAAGAAUGUAAGUUUAAGGCAUGUUAAAUUUACCA